CGGCAAGGGCGCGCGCGGCCGCCGUUGGCCGUUAGCGCGGCUUGGGUGGUUGUCUUGGAGAACCAAGAUGGCGGCGACGACGGCCGCGGUGGUGGCGGAGGAGGACACGGAGCUGCGGGACCUGCUGGUGCAGACGCUGGAGAACAGCGGCGUCCUGAACCGCAUCAAGGCUGAACUCAGAGCGGCUGUGUUUUUAGCACUGGAAGAACAAGAAAAAGUAGAGAACAAAACUCCUUUGGUCAAUGAGAGCUUGAAAAAGUUUUUAAAUACAAAAGACGGUCGUUUAGUGGCUAGUCUCGUGGCAGAAUUUCUUCAGUUUUUUAACCUUGACUUCACCUUGGCUGUUUUCCAUCCUGAAACUAGCACACUUCAAGGUCUUGAAGGUCGGGAGAACUUAGCCCGAGAUUUAGGAAUCAUUGAAGCAGAAGGUACCGUGGGUGGACCCUUAUUAUUAGAAGUGAUUAGACGCUGCCAACAGAAAGAGAAAGGACCUACCAGUGGGGAAGGUGCAUUGGAUCUGUCUGAUGGACAUCCUCCUUCAAAGUCACCUGAAGGAAAAACAAGUGCCAACUCCACCCCAAGUAAGAUACCAAGGUAUAAAGGACAAGGUAAGAAGAAGACAAGCGGGCAGAAGUCUGGUGACAAGAAGACCAGCAGUGAGACCAGUCAGAGUGAGACCAGUGUCUCCUUGUCAGAGCCAAAGAGCAGGAGCAGCCUGCACUCGCUGGCCCACGAGACAAGAAUUGCAUCCUUCCUGAGCAGCACUCUAGACGCCAAAGACAGAAGUGCUCUUUGUCCAGAUGAAAACGAUGCAGAAGGAGAUUCUUUCUUUGAUGAUCCCAUUCCCAAGCCAGAAAAAACAUACGGUUGGAGAAGUGAACCUAGGAAGCAAGUGGGGAGUCUGGCCUCACUUUCUGACAUACCCCCCUUAAGGAGCGGUCUGAGCUCCCUGGCAGGUGCCCCUUCGUUAACAGAUGCCACUGAGAGUAAAAGAGGAAGCACGGUCCUGAAGGAUCUGAAAUUGGUCAGUGAGAAAAUUGGAUCACUUGGACUAGGAACUGGAGAAGAUGAAGACUAUGUUGAUGAUUUUCAUAGUGCUAGCCACCGCUCAGAAAAAAGUGAAUUAAGUAUUGGUGAAGAAAUUGAAGAAGACCUUUCCAUGGGCAUAGACGACGUUAACAGCAGUGAUAAACUUGAUGACCUCACACAAGACCUGACUGUUUCCCAGCUCAGCGACGUGGCCGAUUAUCUGGAAGAUGUUGCAUAGACAGGAAAGGAAGUAUUGUGAUCAGCAGAAGAGGAAGGACUUUCGGCUCCAUGGUCCCAGUCAGUCACUCUUGCUGGAACGUACGCUCCUGCUGGUGCCUUGCAUUUCAAAAAGACUGCAGAUAUUUUUAAAAGUUAACUUUUCAGUUUAGUAAACAAAAUACUUCCUAUAUGAGCCUGUGUCUAGGAGAUUAAUAUGCUUGAUUUGGUUUAGCUUUAUAUCUCCAAGGAAAUGGUAUUUGGGCUCAUGACAGCAAGGGCCCCUGAAGUGUCAGUGUUAAAGAGCAUGGCGAGCAUGGAGGCCAGUACAGCCGUACUUGUGCCGCUGUGUCUCCGGCUGCUGCCGUCCUGACCACACCGUGGGCACUAAGUGGGCUAGCCCAGAGUUGGUGAGCUGACCUGAUAAAUCUGUGAUGCUGAAACGUACCAAUACAAGGUAAAUUGAUGUGUGAACUUUAUUUUGUAUUUCCUUCCAUUUGGAAGGUUUGUUAGACCAUUAAGGUUAUAUUAAAGUUCUCUGUGCUAUUAGUUUUGCUUGUUUUAAACUAGGAGUGGCUUGGACUCUUAAUUGGCAGACUUGUCGCUAACAGUUAACAUUCAUCCUGCUGUCUCAAGCAGCUGUAGACGCAGAUUACUUCAGUACAGUCUUAACUUAUUAUUUCUAAAGAUGCCUUGAAACAUCCAAUACCAAAAUGCAUCUGAAACCAUUAAGCAGUGCUUUUAUUUCAGAUCUGUAAGUUGAUUAUAUUUAAAUCCAAAUUGGAAUGAAAUAGUAGUAAUGGCCUAAGACCAUGUAUAUUCAGUUUGACAGACUUUGAACACUGUACAUAAUUGUACUGUAGUCCUUAAAAAUUUUGAGUCAAUAAUAGAAUUUCUGGCAGAUUUAAUUUGUGCUGUUGUGUGUAGUGCUGCAGGGAUAUAGGCCACUGGCAUUUGUAGUGCUAAAAUAUUUUAAAUGUACAUACACCAUCAUACUGCUAAGUAAAAUUUAGGAAUUGUGAAACUUUGAUACAUUUCAUUUUAAUUAAGACUGUUAAAAGUUACCUUUAUUGCCGGGCGGUGGUGGCUCAUGCCUUUAAUCCCAGCACUUGGGAGGCAGAAGCAGGCGGAUCUCUAGGAGUUCGAGGCCAGCCUGGUCUACAAGAGCUAGUUCCGGGACAGGCACCAAAGCUACAGAGAAACCAAAAAAAAAAAAAAAAUAAAUAAAUAAAAUUGUUUAAAAAAUUACCUUUAUUAAUAAAAAGAGAAAUUGGAAAUCAUCCAUCCAUGUUGAGUGAGUGAGCAGAAGCUGUGGUCUGUACCAAUGCCACUUUCCAUUCCAUGAUUUCUAAGUAGAGCAGUGACAUUUCUCAGCUGUAGUGCAGAGGAAGUGAGAACGUAGUAAAGCUUCGGGCUCUGACAGUAGAGUCUGGCUCUUUAAAGCUAAGUGAAACUGAACUAUAAACAUCAAGAGGAAGUAGGACAGAAAGUGGGCCGGGUGGCCUGGAAGCCCCUGUGUAUUUCUGUCCGCUGUCUGCCCUGACAUGGUGCUGUCUGUUCUUCACGCUUUACCCUUAGAAACAGUGCUGUCUGACUGCUGUUAGAGACUGUCUCACCCUGUGCUGUCUCUUUAAUGCCUUGUAGAAGCUCUAGAGCUGGUGGGCCUCUGGAGUCCGAAUCAAACGUGUGAUUUUACUAUUUGGUAGGCACUGCAAGUGAGGGAGCUGACCCACCAGCAUGGCAGGAUGUGGCUUUCUCUAUUUGAGGAAGACUUUCCAACAGUCAAGUACGAAAUCGUCACUUUCUAUUACCCAGUGACUGACCUUUUGGUGAUUCUGGAGAGGGUGGAGAGAAAAAGCCGAACGGCAGCUUUGUGGUCAGUACUACAGAAAGGUAUUGAGUCACUCUGAUAAUGUGAGGUUCAGCAAGGAGGAAGUUGUUUCCAGGUAUUCCUUGCUUAGGUAUUGUUAACCUGAUAAACUUUAAUGUGUAAAAUGACAGGUUCUGCAUAUAAUAAUGUUUCUUUGGUUUAAAGUGAAUUAAAAUGUUGACCAGUGGUAACCUGUA